CUCCCCGCUUCGGGAUGAAUUAGGGGCGGGUUCUGCCCGGAGGUUGUGACCCCCACGGAUUCUCCAGCUCGCCCACGCGCCCCCCACGGCGUCGCGUGUGGUCCCCUGCUGGUCACAGGUGGCAGCGUCGCCGGCUCAGGUGAGAGGAGGACCCGGGGAAGCGAAUCCUGGAGGCUGGCGGAGGCGUCGGGGCCGCGCGGGCCGGGCGAGGGCGAGGUGUCCCGUCGGUGUUUGCAGAUGAGCAUCAAGACCUUCCCGCUCCGGACCUGGGCGGGUCUGGGAGCUGCACCGCCUCGACACAGUGUGAGCUCUGCCGCUGUUCAGUCCGAUGUGCAAAGCGUCCCAAGUGCGAGGCUUAGCCGUAAGCUGUCCACUGCGGGGCUGGAGCUGCCUUUUCUGUGCAUCUUCCAGGCAUCAGACGCCUGCUUGUAGGCGCCAGAGUGGCAGUGCCACGAAAGGAAAGAAUCAUGGUGUCAUGGAAAGGGAUUUACUUUAUACUCACACUGUUUUGGGGAAGCUUUUUUGGAAGCAUUUUCAUGCUGGGUCCCUUUUUACCUUUGAUGUUUAUAAACCCAUCUUGGUAUCGCUGGAUCAACAACCGCCUUGUGGCAACCUGGCUCACACUUCCUGUGGCAUUGCUGGAGACCAUGUUUGGUGUGAAAGUGAUUAUAACAGGUGAUGCAUUUGUUCCUGGAGAAAGAAGUGUCAUUAUCAUGAAUCAUCGGACAAGAAUGGACUGGAUGUUCCUGUGGAAUUGUCUGAUGAGAUAUAGCUACCUCAGAUUGGAGAAAAUUUGCCUCAAAGCCAGUCUCAAAAGUGUUCCUGGAUUUGGUUGGGCUAUGCAGGCUGCUGCCUAUAUCUUCAUUCAUAGGAAAUGGAAGGAUGACAAGAGCCAUUUUGAAGACAUGAUUGAUUAUUUUUGUGAUAUCCACGAACCACUUCAACUCCUCAUAUUCCCGGAAGGGACUGAUCUCACAGAAAACAGCAAGGCUCGAAGUAAUGAUUUUGCUGAAAAGAAUGGACUUAAGAAAUAUGAAUAUGUCUUACAUCCAAGAACUACAGGCUUUACUUUUCUAGUGGACCGUCUAAGAGAAGGUAAGAACCUUGAUGCUGUCCAUGACAUCACAGUGGCAUACCCUCACAACAUUCCUCAGACAGAGAGGCACCUCGUCUAUGGGGACUUUCCCAAGGAGAUCCACUUCCACGUCCACCGAUACCCCAUAGACACCCUCCCCACGUCCAAGGAGGACCUCCAGCUCUGGUGCCACAAGCGGUGGGAGGAAAAAGAAGAGAGGCUGCGCUCUUUCUACCAAGGGGAGAAGAAUUUUUACUUUACUGGACAGACUGUAAUUCCACCUUGCAAGUCUGAGCUCAGGGUCCUUGUGGUCAAGUUGCUCUCGAUACUCUAUUGGACCCUGUUCAGCCCUGCAAUGUGCCUACUCAUAUAUUUGUACAGUCUUGUUCGGUGGUAUUUUAUAAUCACCAUUGUCAUCUUCGUGCUGCAAGAGAGAAUAUUUGGUGGACUGGAGAUCAUCGAACUUGCAUGUUACCGUUUUUUACACAAACAGCCACAUUUAAAUGCAAAGAAAAAUGAGUAAGGUUAUAAGUUUCGUGGUAUAAAAACCUAGGGGAUAUUUUGGAAGUGUUCUAAGCCUUUGUAAACUGAGAUGCGUUUUUUGCAUGACUGUCAAAUAUUUCUUACUACCAUCAUUACUUGUUAAGGAUAUUUUGCACUUAGUUUUGUGGAAAGAUAUUGCUACACACAGUUUUUUUUUUUAAAUCUCUGAAUGUAAUUUCAAUACACAUAGCAGGGAAUGAUUGCUAUGAAAUAACUCAGGCCAGAAGAUUACUACACAAUCAUCAGGCUGUUCACAGACGAGGUACACACAAGAUUUUCUUAAAGGCCCAAUUCUGUUUCCUAACAGACUCCCCGGGCAGGAGACAGACGUGGGGCUCAUGAGCGCUGGCCCAGAUCAAGUGCUGGCACUUGAGUCUGAGGUGAGGGCCCUUCCUUCUGGCUCCGUCCCUCGGCACUGUCCCCACACUCCUUUCUGUGCCAAUCAAACCAUCGAAUCCUUCCUUGAGACCAGAAAGCAGACAUCCCUUGUCCUUAAACUGACCACACAUUUUGAUGAGAAGCCCUUCAUUAUUCAUAAAAUCUUGGCAUUUAGCCUCUUGCUGACCUAGACGUCCGAAGACCACCUGUGCCCUUUUUUCAUGUGGAAAAUAAGACCUGAACAUGUCUCAGGGAGCAACCACAGGCUCUCCACUUAGAAACUUUAAUUUGAAUUUUUUUUUUUUCUUGAUGAGGAAGAUUAGCCCUGAGCUAACACCCAAUGCCAGUCCUCCUCUUUUUGCUAAGGAAGAUUGGCCCUGGGCUAACAUCCGUGCCCAUCUUCCUCUACUUUAUAUGGGACGCCACCACAGCAUGGCUUGACAAGCAGUGCAUAGGUCCUCGCCCGGCAUCCAAACCUGCGAAACCUGGGCUGCUGAAGCCUAGCGCACAAACCGCUAAGCCACCUGGCAGGCCCCUAAUUUGAAUUUUUAAAGAUAGGAAUUAGUACGGUUUAGUUCCUCGCUUCUACUUAAUCUUGCAUGCUUAGCGUUGGUUUCGUUACAGCUUGUUGGCAGGUGUAGCUUAUUUGUGUUAAAAAUGAUAUACAUCAAGUCACUUAAAGGAAAGCGUAGAUGAAUGUUCUGUUAUUGCAGUCAGAAACUCUCUUUUGAAGUUGUGUCUUUUGAAAUAUUUCUUUAAAACCUGCCCCAAAAAGGAAGGUUAUUAUAUUUUCUACAUGUGUAUGGGAAUCUAACUUCUGCCAUUAAAACAACAGCAACACCGUUUGCAGACAGGGUAGUAAUGGUUUAUCCUAAAUUAGUCAACCUUUGUAACCUUGACAGAUUUUACUCUUAAAACCAAAAUGAAAACACAAAAAUGAAUCUUUUUUAAUGAUAGCAAGGGAUCUCUCUCUCGUGUAGUCCCAGUCUUCCUCUUUCAGUAGUGAAAUUUAAACCCACUUUUGACCAAUUGUUGGCCUAAAUAUUCCUAUCAUUUGGAUUCAAUGGAAAAUCUAGGAAACCAACAGCACCCAUCACCGUCUGAGGCAAAAGGACUGUGUGGUCCUUGUUUCCUCUCUACUGGGGCUGUGCACUACUGUUUUUGUCAUGUGAUGGGGAUGCUGGUCAGAGCAGCAGAAAAUAUGAGGCAGUUAAAAGUCUUGAGCAAACCUGUCAGCUUUUCUCUUGCCUUGAACCAGCCUCAAAAGCUGUUUAUUGCUUUAUGGACUCGUUUGGCAUGAAUGCCUUCUCCUUAAUUACAUCUCAGUUUUGCUCGACAGUGACUUUUAGCCAAUAAUUGAAACGUGCAUUGCCAUGAAAGGUAAGCACAUCGUGAACUGAACUCACCGAGCAGAUUCUUUCAGAAAGUACUGGUUGUGGCAGAACACUGUUGACACAUCAUUUUUAUUGGAAGAGUACUAACUAGUGCCUCUAUUGAAAUGCACCAACCGAUAUUUAACUGCUCCCUCAAGGCUGGUUUUAAUCGUGCCAGGAGCUACUAAUUAGUUAUUAUGCACAUCUGCUCCAAACCCAGCUAACUGAUUUUUAAGGUUUUUUUUUUUUUUUUUACUUUUUUUUUUCCUUAAUAAAAGAGGUUUCUAAUUUAGGUUUCUCUCAGACUUCCUUUGGUUGUAUUUGGAAACACAGAAAUAGUUUAACAAUCAGGAUUGCAUUUGUCCUGGGUAAAAGAAAAGCUGUGUUUUCUGCCCCACAGGUGUUUCUAAGGUAGCCCCUCUGCCCUUCCUCCAGCUUCUCCCGGCUCUUUGUUCCAGGUCUAACUUCCAUUUAAUGGGAUGUCCUGUUUAACUCGCUGAAACCGGGAAGAGGGGAAACCUUUUUUCUUUUUUAAAAAAUGUUUUCUUUUGAUCAUAAAACACAUGUUUAAGAUAAAAUGCAAACUUUUUUUACCUUCCCAAAUUUCAUAAGCACUAAAACUGAGGAAUAUAGACAUUGUACUUGCCUUAAGAAUAAGAAAUGAUGACUUCAAAAAAGUUUUUUGGUUUUAUUGCAAUAGGACUUCUUUAAAAUUAUAAUUGUGUUUUGCUACACAUUUAUCUUUUUCGUAUUCAAAAACUUUUAAAGAAAUAUACAUGAUUUGGAACUUAGAGCUGUCUAAGAUUGAUAACAAAAUGUCAAGUAGAAAUUCAUUUAGCUUCAGUAUUGUGCUGGCGUCAGGAGUGAUCCCCUCCACACCUUCCAGCUUCAUCCCUCUGGGCUCAGAGCAGCUGCUUGUCUCGCUGCAUCUAGACACCCUCUUACUCGACACCCUCGCCGUCCUUUGAAGGUAAACUCAAUGGGCUUUGAGAUGUUUACAGUGCUGUAUCUCCAAUUGUUAAAUCCUUACCAUUGGGAAAUGUAAGUAAAGCACACGUGGUUUAUAUGGGACGUGAACCAUUAUACUAACAUAUGCACCUCCCAGGAAAAGCACUGACUGUGCCACAAGUUCUUCCCCAGGCAUCCUUGAUGAACAAGCCACAUAAUUGUGCAAUUCCGUAGAAGAAAGUGGUGAAAGACUAAAAGAAAAAUAAAUGUUAGAGCCCGUAAUUUACAACUCCGCAUAAAAUCCUUGCUUGUUUCUUAUAUUAAAACACAGAUUGGGGGGAAAUAACAGCUUGCUCUUGAGUCACUUUGAAGUUAGUUACUUCCGCAGUCCCACGUCAGAAAUCGUGCCUGGUAGCCAAGGCUGAAUUCUGCAGAAAGGAAGACAUGCCCGUUUCAUCUGGACUCAAGCUCUGGCCCAACCACGAUGCCCUUGUGCACUUUUAUAAUAGAGACUCUACUGGAGGGAGCCUGUGGUAUUAAAUUGUUUACAUUUCUUUAUAUAAAUAAUGUGCUUUCAGUGCCUUAGUUAUGGUUCCCUUUCUUUUUCUUAUUCCAAGAAUUCUGCAAUGUGUUUCUUAGGUAAAAUUCUCUUUUUUGCUACUCAUUGGGAGGAAAGUGGUUUAUAAACACUGGUCGCUGUGGUGAACACUGCUUUAUGAUGGCACCUGGAGAAGAGAGCUUGAUGCUGAGGGCGGUUGCCUUAGAGCUGUAACUUACGCUGUGGAAACGAAAAUGGUCUUGUCACAUGACGAGCUUCAGAUUAGAUAUGGCUCUAACGUUGUCUUGUACCUACCUUAAAUUCAGAAGAGAAUCUUGGUUUUGGUAAUUUAUUUUUUAAAAGAUCAUUAUAUACGAAACACCAAGUUUUAAAAAUAACUCACAGAAUGGCCUUAGUUUUCAGUGUCCACUGGUAUGUUUGUGAGUUGUGUUUUCUGUAAUAUAGAUCCCCAAAUAAAGUGGAGUGAAUUAAACA